AUGAGGCGUCGGCCAGCAGGAGACGGGGGGUUUUGCGUAGUUGGCUUUUUGUGUCAGUCGCGCUCCAUGGUCCUUCUGGUUGUGUGUCGUCGGGAAGGUGAACGGUUUGGGUUUUGCGUCAUCGUCAUCGCAGACUUGGCAGCCGUCCGUAAGGCCAAUUUUACAGCCGUAAUCGUCAUACGACGCAGCUGCUUCUUUCCGUCCAUGCUCGACUUAGCACAGAACGAAUUCUUAGACGGCCAGAGUCAAAAGCCUCACAAGCCUCACACAAUGGAAGACGUUAUGCGCCAAACACCUGCUCCGCCGCCGCCGCCACCGCCACUGCUGCCGCCGGCCGAACUUGCGUCUCUAAUUGUACAAGUGCAAGUUGUGCGGCCAGAUGUUCCCUGCACGGCAGGCAUCUAG